AUGAGCAGCGAGCGCGAGGCCAGCGGAGUGGCGGCGACCUCCGCCUCGCCCUCGCAGCGCGGGGAGGGCGCCGAAGGCGCCGACGCGGGGCUGGAGAGGACGGCGGACGCGGUGGAGGAGCUGUACCGCCUCCGCGACACGUUCUUCCCCCGCGACCCCGCCGAGAAGCCUGCCACGCUCCGCGCCCGCGCCGACGCCGCCCUCGCCGUACUAGACUCCCUCCCUCCCGAGCAAAGGAAAUCGCCACAACAGCGUGCUGUUUGUGAGUUCUUGAGGGGGAAAAUACUGGACGUCUUCCCUGAGUAUAACAAGGAGGCCGAAGAUCAUCUAUCGAAAGCAGUAAAGCUGAAUCCAUCUCUUGUAGAUGCAUGGCUAUGUUUGGGCAACUGCAUCUGGAAGAAGGGGGAUCUGGCUUCAGCAAAGAAUUGCUUUGUAUUAGCACUGGACAAGGGCGCAGAUAAGAAAAUACUAUGCCAACUCUCCAUGCUUGAAAGAAGUAUGGCUCAAGGUGAGGAUGUGCUCUAUCAUAUACCAACCUCUUCAGUUGAUGGUGACUUCAGGUACCCCGGCGAGUCGCGCGAGAUCCCGGGCUUCCACGCCGUGCGUGCCAUCUCGCGCUGCGUGGCCGCGCACCCGGGGCCCGUCCGCGGCGUGCGCGUCACCUGCACCUCCUUCCACACGCAGGAGUACGCGCUCCAGCGCCUGGUCGCCGGCCUCGCCGCCAAGAACGUGUAG